AUGCCAAAUGAUCCCACCACCACCACAACAACAACCUUCCACCUCUUCCCCCUCCUCCCCCCAGAACUCCGCCUCCGAAUCUGGUCCCUCCUCCUCUCCACCCCACGCAACAUCCCCAUCGCCUGCCAACGCGGCAUCCAUCCCAACUCCCGCCGCUUCGCCAGAUUCUUCACCACGCCAACGCUUCCGCCACCCCUACUACACGUGAACCACGAAUCCCGCACCGAAGCCCUGCGCAUCUACACCGCGCAGUUCCAGACCGCAUACAGUCCCCGCAGCAUCUACAUCGCCUUCGACCGUGACGUGCUCCAGCUCCCCGAGGACGUGCUCGCGUACCUCGGCGCCGACGAGCUGGACCGCGUGCAGGCGCUCACCAUCGAGGUCAGCGACGCGUCAUAUUUCGGACACUUCUAUCUGGAUGUUGUGAGGCGAAUGCGGCGGCUGCGGCGGCUGGAGCUCGUGCUGAAGGAGACGCGGGUGCAUUGGCGGGUGCCGUGGGAUGAGGAGAACGAUACGGGUGUUGGCAGGCUGAAGGAGGAACUGCAGGAGGCGAUGACGGGGGAGGAAUCGCGGUGGGAGUGUCCGUGUGCGGCUGUGAGGAUUGUCGCGGCAUCUACGGGAGUGGAGUUGGGGGUGGUUGAGGCGCUCCCUUCCCCCCCCCUCUCUCUCUCUCCCUCACUCUCUGGCGAACGGCUAGCGGGUGGAGAUCAUGGAAGUGCUGAGUGA